CACAUGGAGACGCACACGUGCUGUGACUUGGGUACGGUUCAAUGAGGGCAUUAGCAAUGUGUCAGGCCAUAGUACCGGACUUGGUGUGCCACAUAGGCUCAAAAAUAUCUAUAAAUAAUGUUAGCUACAAAUCCCACAAUGCUAUAAAGCCUCAAGUGGGGUCCACAGCAAUAAAAAAAACUCCUUUUUCUCAACUUUUUCCCCUCCCUCUCUCCUCAACCACCGAUGCCUUUCCCCUUCCUCUAUCGCGCGACGGGCGGAGCUCGCCAUGGGCGACAACGGCGGGGCCAAGCGGAGCUGCCGCACCGACGCUAGGGCCCGGGCGGCGGGGCGGCCAGAUCUGACGCCUGGCGGCGGCGGCGGUAGCGGGGCCAGGCGGAGUUACGGCUGCGGCGCCGGGCCCCGGGCUGCGGGGUGGCCAGAUCUGACGCCUGGCGGCGGGGCCAAGCGGAGCUGCGGCGCCGACGCGGGGGCUCGGGCGACGAUGGAGACGGGCGGAGUGUCGGCGCUGACGCCGGGGCGGCCGAGAAUCACCCCUCGUCUCCUCCCUCGGUCGGCGCCUCUCCUCCUCUCCCAGUCCAUGGAGUGACCUCGCCAGCGACGACCUCAAGUUGGCUGUGGCGCUUUGACCUGCCGGGACGGCGACGACGGUGGCGCCAACCUCCUCUUCUCCUCCCCCGCUAUCGCCUCCUCCUCCAGCCCGUCGGCUGCCUCGCCCCUCUCCCCUCUCUCCUCUAGCACGAGUGUGGGUCCCACCGAGACCUGAGGAACUCGUAGCCAAACUUGGCUACUCGGACCUGAGCAAGCUGCACGGUUUGACGAUGUGGCAGGGAAUAUUCGGUUUUUGGUGUGGAGGCUGAAUGCCACGUAAGCCCACGGCGAAUGGCCUAACGGCGUGGCUGCCAUGGCUGAUGGCUCAUUAGUUCUAGUAGUACUUGCUACUUGGACGGAGCAUUUAUCUAGCUCUCGUUUCUGACAGCUUGUAUGGCAACACACUCCUCAUGCCGGAAAAAGAGAAGAGAAGAGAGGCGCAUUGCCUGACAGAUUCUGUUCGAUGCAUCAUCGCUCCACGAUUAUUCUUCUAGCCGUGGUCGCGGACAGCAAUGGAUGAUGCCUUACGACUCGAGUAGUUGUUGGUUUCUGCUCGUACGUGUUGCAGCGUGCUGCGUGUUCAAUUCGUAUAUCCAGACACAGCCGGCCAACAUUUUACCGUGUCCA